UGCGCAGAGCCGAGGGCCACGUUGCUUUUGCGGUGCCGGGUAGCCAGAUCUCAGCCAUGGCUUCCGCGGACUCCCGGCGGAUGGGGAACGGCGGUAGUGUCGGAGGCGCCUUCCAGCUCUACCUGGACUCCUUGCGGCAGGAACUGUGGCAGAGGGACCCGACGCUGUUGUCAGUCGUGGUGGCGCUCGUCGCGGUGCUGCUGACGCUGGUGUUCUGGAAGUUCAUCCGGAGCAGAAGGAGCAGUCAAAGAGCUGUUCUUCUUGUUGGCCUUUGUGACUCCGGGAAAACAUUGCUUUUUGUCAGAUUGUUAACAGGCCUUUACAGAGACACUCAGACUUCCAUCACUGACAGCUCUGCUGCCUACAGAGUCAACAAUAACAGGGGCACUAGCCUGACCUUGAUUGACCUCCCUGGCCAUGAGAGCUUGAGACUUCAGUUCUUAGAGCGGUUUAAGGCUUCAGCCAGGGCUAUUGUGUUUGUUGUGGAUAGUGCAGCCUUCCAGCGAGAGGUGAAAGAUGUGGCAGAGUUUCUGUAUCAAGUCCUCCUUGACAGUAUUGGUCUGAAGAACACACCGUCAUUCUUAAUCGCUUGCAAUAAGCAAGACAUUACAAUGGCAAAAUCAGGAAAGUUAAUUCAGCAGCAGCUUGAAAAAGAAAUCAAUACCUUACGAGUCACCCGUUCUGCUGCCCCCAGCAUACUGGACAGUUCUAGCACUGCCACUGCUCAACUGGGAAAGAAAGGCAAAGAAUUUGAAUUCUCACAGUUGCCCCUCAAAGUGGAGUUCCUGGAGUGCAGUGCCAAGGGCGGAAGAGGGGACGCUGGCUCUGCUGACAUCCAGGACUUGGAGAAGUGGCUGGCUAAAAUCGCCUGAGGGCCAGAUGCAAACACAAGACGCGAAUGUGUAUGUGUGUGACUGACAGUUUUGGAAAAGGAUGUGGUGGUCUGGAGUUGAUAAAGAAGGGGUACAAAUAUAGUUAGGAACUUUUCCUUGUUCUGGAAACAAAUUAUUGUUGAAACCAGUGUGGAAGUUUUUAAGUUCAGUUCUCCCUUAUUGCUUUCAAGCUAGUUAGUUUUAUUUGAUUCGUGUCUUCCCUUUUCAAAGUGUAUGUAAGGUCCCUUUAGCAUAUGCUUGAUGUAAGGUCAAGGUCUAACAAGCCGACCUCACGUAGAGAGGAUAUUAUCAUGAGAAUAUAAUAUCAUCUAAAAUG